GAGAAGCGGAACCUGAGAACUUAACUGCUGCACCACUGGGCUGGCCCUAGAGACCAGUAUUUUCCAAAGUAGUUCUGUGGGUGCAGAUAGGUGUGACAGGAGGCAGGGCUGUAGCAGAGUGGCUAAGAGGUCCAGUCUCUGCAGUCAGAGAGCUGGGUUCAAAUCCUGGCCCCACCUCUCUCUCUCCUUCUCUGACCUUGGGUAAUGAGCUCUUAAUCUCUCUGAAUUUCACUGUCCUCAACAAACAAAAUGGGCAUAAUAAUACCUAUCUCACAAGCUAGUGAUGAGAAUUAAUUGCAAUCAGAUUGUAAAGAGUGAGCAUAGAGUAAACACUUAUUACGUUUGAGCUGGCUUUAUAAUAUGUAACAGGAAAAGGCAUCCUUGGCUACGUAAGGUUGGCAAAUGUAGGUUCAACAAAGAGAGGCAGGUUUCUUUGCUGCAGGACUUCUCAGAGCCUUUAACAUGCUGUUAUGCCAUAGAAAGUUCAAAGAGUGGGAUGUGGAGCAUUGGACUGGACUUAGAUCACAGGGACUCAGGAACCAGGCCACCAUCGCAUGUCGUCAUUCCCUGGUCUUUGCCCUCCUGGUGCAAUGGAAACCUUGCUGGACUGGGCAGUUCUGAGGAAGGCCUUCCUGUGUCCUCGAUGUAAAACAAGGGAGCUGCACGAGAUGCUUCCAGAGGCCUUUUCUGGCUCCCCGAGGUCCUGAGAUGGGAAGACAAAGUUGUAGACCAGGGCGGAGGUCAGAUUAUUGAGGCUGAAGCCCAGUCUGUCAGGGAGGAGAAGAAAUCCAGUGCUGGCUCCCCAACAGCAAGGCGGGCCAGGGGUCUCGUGCUCUGGAUGGAAGUGGCUCCAUUAAUUAGUCCAUCAGCACGGUCUGCUUCUUAACCUGCCCUGUGCCCGGCUGUCUGAGAACAGAAAGGACAAGUGUCUGGGAACAGAAAGGACAAGUAUCAUGUCGGGGCGCCCCUCGGGCGGUGCUGUGAUGACUUAGCUCCCGCCUCCUCCCUGGACUAGGAAAGGCCAGACCCCAGAGAUGACCUCAGAAUGUAAUGCAGGACGAGCUUAGGGAUGCAAAUCGGGCUGUGGCCUUUGCCUAUCAAGCCCUCUGCAUUUACUUGGACCAUGUGUGAUAAUUGGGUGGCCUCGGGACGGGGCGAUCCAGUGCUGGUGGCAGAGAACACAGUGCUUUAUCCUGCCUGGAUCUCCUUGUCUCUUACAGUGACUGGUGCAAAGGUAGUUGCAGUAAAUAUCUGGUGAACACUGAACAGAAUACCUGGAUGCUGAGUCCAAUCAGCUUGUUGGAGGGAGGUUGAGGGAGGGGAGUUGACUGGCAGGUGCCAGCUUUUCAAUAGAUGUUUGAUUUAAUGAAUGACACAGUGAAUAAUGAUAAGGCCGAAUGAAGCAACUGGUAUCAGACAAAUAGUAUAUAAUUAUGAAAUGAUUAAUAGCAUUUGCUACCUCGUCUUGCAAAGGGCAGUUUAGGAUGGUGGUUAAGAUCCUAACUGAGUUCAGAUCGUGUCUCUGCUGCUUUCUAGCUAGGUGGGUGGGCAUGUACUUAACUUCUCUGUGCCUCAGUUUAUUAUCUGAAGAAUGGGAAUAAUGAUACUUCACAGGGUGUUCUGACGCUUAAAUGAGUCAGUUACACAUAGAAUGCUUCAAACAGUGUCUGGCACACAGCAAGUGCAGUGUAAGCAUUUGCUAUGAUUUGUUUUCCUCUCUGUAACCUCUGUUGUACCAUGAAGUUCCUGAGGACAGGGAUCAAAUCCCCUUCCACUCUGCCCUCCCCUGGAUCCAGCACAGGACCUGACGCAGAGAAGGGGCUCAGUGAACACUGAUGGCAGCAUGAACACAGGAGAGAACAGUGGGAGCUGCUGUGUGGAGCCUGGACUGGAAAGGAAAUGGCUGAGAUACUGAGCCUCCUUAACUCCUUGUCUGACCCACAGCCAUGGCCACGUUGGUGGCCCAGAAGCUCAGCCACCUCCUGCCCAGUUUGCGGCAGGUCCACCAGGAGCCUCAGUCAUCUGUGCAGCCAGAUACUGUCUUCACGGUGGACCGAGCCGAGGUGCCGCCCCUCUUCUGGAAGCCAUACAUCUAUGUGGGCUACCGGCCGCUGCAUCAGACCUGGCGCUUCUACUUCCGCACUCUGUUCCAGCAGCACAACGAGGCCGUGAACGUCUGGACCCACCUGCUGGCGGCCCUGGUGCUGCUGCUGCGGCUGGCCAUCUUCGCGGGGACCGUGGACUUCUGGGGAGACCCGCACGCCCUGCCUCUCUUCAUCAUUAUCUUCACCUCCUUCACCUACCUCUCCUUCAGUGCCUUGGCUCACCUCCUGCAGGCCAAGUCUGAGUUCUGGCAUUACAGCUUCUUCUUCCUGGACUACGUGGGUGUGGCCGUGUACCAGUAUGGCAGUGCCCUGGUGCACUUCCACUACGCCAUCGAGCCCGCCUGGCAUGCCCGGGUGCACAGCAUUUUCCUGCCCAUGGCUGCCUUUCUUGCCUGGCUCUCCUGCACUGGCUCCUGCUAUAGCAAGUACACCCAAAAGCCCGGCCUGCUGGGCCGCACUUUCCAGGAGGUGCCCUCGGCACUGGCCUACGCCCUGGACAUCAGCCCCGUGGUGCACCGCAUCCUGGUCUCCGACCCUGCCACAGACGACCCGGCUCUUCUCUACCACAAGUGCCAGGUGCUCUUCUUCCUGCUGGCUGCCGCUUUCUUCUCAGCCUUCGAGCCUGAGCGCUGGUUCCCUGGCAGCUGCCAUGUCUUCGGGCAAGGCCACCAGGUCUUCCAUGUGUUCUUGGUGCUGUGCACGCUGGCUCAGCUGGAGGCCGUGGCGCUGGACUAUGAGGCCCGCCGGCCCAUCUAUGAGCCUCUGCACACCCGCUGGCCCCACAACUUCUCCGGCCUCUUCCUGCUCACCAUGGGCAGCAGUUUCCUCACUGCGUUCCUCCUGAGCCAGCUGGUACGGCGCAAACUCGAUCGGAAGACCCAGUGAAGGGGGGUGGCAUCUGAUAGGGAGGGAGGUAUAGUGGAGGUCCAGGGGUCCAGGCUUGGCUCCAGAUGGGAACAAGUCCUGGUAAAGUUGUUUGUGUCUGGCCCGCGGUGACUCUCUGCGCACACCUCAGCUGCCACAGGCGGCACUGGCCAGUCCUUGGAUUUGGGGAUUGGCCAGGAACUGCUGGAGUCCACUCCUGGGCCUGCCCCAGUUCCCUGCCCUAGGAGAGGGGAAGAGAGAAAGAUGUGGGCCACCCUGGUUUGCCUCCCCACACUGCCUUUCACUAGGAUAAGGAUGGGGGGGUCAGUUAGGGCCAGGACCCUGGUUUGGGGCUUCCAGAUUACCUGAGAGGGGGUGAAGGUGGGAUUAAGGCCAGUCCGAUUUGAGCUGAGAGGUAGGGGAGGCCUCAGCAGCCCCCUUACCCAGGUUUCCUGGGUGGAUAGGGAAGGGGCGGGCCCCAAGUGUGUGCAGGAGCUUACUGUGCCUUGAACCCCAGCCUGGAGGUUUGGAGCUCCAGGGAGCCCCCAAAGGUAGAAGAUUGUGCCAGGUGGAAAUGGAUCCCAUCCAGUGCCCCACACCUCUUCAGUCACUGCCCUAGAUGGUGAGCCCCAAUGGUGUAGCUCUGGCCUCCGUGUCCCACCCAUCCUGUUCCCAGCCUCUCUCCUGGUUCCCUUGUUCACGAUUCAGUUAUCCAGUAUGUGUUUCCUAGGCCUCUGCUCAGAGGUACACCACCGACUGGGCCCCGUGGAUCCAUACGAGAUGAUGAAGACUUUAAUAAUGGAAUGAACUGUCAGGGGAAGCACUGAGGAGCGAAUAAUCAGUGUAGCCUGGGACCCUCAGGGUCUUGGGUUGGGAAGGGUGAGUAGGAGUUUGCAGAUUCAGGAAGGACCUUCCCGGCAGAGGGAAAAACCUGUACAAAGGCCAAGAGGUAUGGAAGGAGGAGUUCAGUGGGGCUGGAGCUGGCGGUGAUCUGGACUCUGAUGUGUCCUAGAUGCAAUAAAGUGACUGUGCUAACA